GGUGGAGUCUGGCUCAGCAAUGCCUGUGCCCACCUGUGCUUGAAGUGUGCACCCCACAGGCGUCCUUGAGCCCCGAGUGCCCCACUUUUGUGUCCUGUGAAGCCGCUUCAUCACAAUCCCAGCACUCUUGGGAACCAGUGGCCUUUGUGGAUAUAGCUGUGAUCUUCACUGUAGAAGAGUGGACGAUGUUGGAUGAUAGGCAAAAGAAACUCUACAGAGAUGUGAUGAAGGAAACAUUUUUGAACCUGCUCUCCAUAGAGGAAACACUAGAAGAAAGUAUUGAAGAGGACCACAGAGAUCUCAACAGAAAUCUGGGAACUCAAAUGGUUGAGAAAGACUGUGGAUAUCAGAGUGAUACUGAGUAUAAUGAAAACCAGGAAUCUACUCCAAAGAAUAUGGUUAAUAAAGACAUGCCUCCUGCAAAAACAGUAUAUGAAAGCAGGUUACAUGAAAGGAACAUCAUUGGUCAUUCAUCCUUACAAGGUUAUCAAAGAGACCAAAGUAGAAGCAAUGAAUUUCAGUGUAAGGAAGCUGUGGUGAAGUCUUUUAAACCAACAAAACAUUGGGAAGAUAUCAGUCAGGUACUUGAAACAUCUACUAGAGACAAAUCUUAUAAAAACCUUCAGGUACUUGAAACAUCUCCUAGAGACAAAUCUUAUCAAAACCAACAAUGUAAUGAAGCCUGUAGGAGUCUUCCUUCUGAUCAGCCUCAGGAGAGAACUCACACUGGAGAUAAACUCAGUGAGAACAUCUUAAAGAGAUGUACACAUGGCCAGAAAGAUCACAGAAUCCAUAAAAGAGUGAAACCCUUUGUGUGUAAUUUCUGUGAAGACGCUUUCAUUGAUUCCAGUGACCUCGUCAACCAUGAAAAAAGUCAUCUUGGAGAGAGAAGUUACAUUUGUAAGCAAUGUGGGAAAACAUUUAAGUAUGUGAAGUAUUUUAAGAAACAUAAAGUAACUGACAGAGAACUAAAGCCUGAUGCAUGUAAGCACUGUGGAAAAACUUUCACCAUUCCCAGUCUGCAUAACUGCCACUUACAAAUUCAUAAUGUAAAUAAGCCUUUUUAUGCCUGUAAACAUUGUGGAAAGGCUUUCAACAGAUCCAAGCACUGUAAAAUUCAUGAAAGAACUCACACCGGAGAGAAGAUUUAUGCAUGUAAACAUUGUAGGAAAGUCUUCAGCACUUCUUAUUAUCGUAACAUUCAUGAAAGGAUUCAUACUGGAGAGAAGCCUUACUCGUGUAAACAUUGUGGAAAAGCCUUUACCCGCUCCAUUUAUCUUAAAAGACAUGAAAGCGUUCACACUGGAGAUAAGCCUUAUGCAUGUAAGCAUUGCGGGAAAAGCUUCUCCAGCUCGUAUUAUCGUAACGUUCAUGAAAGAAUCCACUCUGAAAAGAAGCUUUAUGCAUGUUAGCAUUGUGGGAAAGCCUUCACUAGUUCUCAUCAAAAGAGACAUGAAAGAUUCACACUGAAAAGCUUUAUUUAUGUAAUCAUUGUUGAAAGGCCUUGAGUAGUUCUACAUACCAUACCAUUCAUGAAAGAAUUCAUACUGGUGGGCUGGAGAGAUGGCUCAGAGGUUAAGAGCACUACCUGCUCUUCCAGAGGUCCUGAGUUCAAUUCCCAGCAACCACAU